GGGCUCGGGCGUCGGCGACGUCGUGGGCUCGGGCGUCGGCUCACUGGAGGAGUUCCCACUGCGGUCGACGGGGCGGCCGUGCGCCCUGAGGCUUCUUCGGCGCCGGGUGGCCGCAUCGGAUGCGUGUCGGCCUCGAAGGGCUCUGCGUGAUUGGGGGUAGUACGAUUAAGAUAAGAAGAAACGCUAAUUUAGGUUUCGGGGUCCGCCUUGCGGAGGCCUGGGGAGGGCGAGCACUCGAGCGCGGCCCGGCGCCUACUUGCACGCCUACUUCUUCGCCGAGAAGAAGGAGGAAAUUUUGGGCUGGCCGCUCCACUCAUAAGAGGAGGGGGGCUUCGCCUUGACCUCGUCUUCAUUUCUAGGAGUGCCCUGGAGGAGGAUGCGCGGCUUGCUGGAUCGUCGGUACUUGGCGCACGUGGGACCGGUAGGGCGCAGCGGGCCGGUUUGGUGCCUGCGGGGUUGCCGGGGUUACGUCGGGGUAUUCAGAGGCAGGCGACGCGCGGCGUUCCGCCCGCCGCGCGCAAAGCCCACGUCUGAAUCAAUUGUGUGGAAAAAUGUCUGGUUUUGUCUGGAGGCGACCUCGCGCGGCCUGUAAGUUUCAGGGAGGCUCAGCGCGGGCUGUGAGAGGGCCCACGUAUAGUUUUUGGGGUGAGGGGACGCCGCGCGCGACGGUGGAGGCAAGGAUAUUUUUGCCACUCACCUAGCGUCAUAGACCUACUAGCCCCAGCUCGAGCCAAGCAAAAGCAGCGCAAUCGCACCACACAGAUCGAACUAAGCCGACUCCUGCUUCGAUCGUGACCAAAAAGCAUGGCGCAGAGCGAUGCAACCGCGAUCGCACCCCUCGUCGCAUUGCUACGAGAUGCAGCCUUGGCAUUGCGGGAUGCCAGCCCAGCAACUCGCGCCGGAGCUCGCUUAGCGCUCCAGGCCGACGCGCUUCGGGCCUUCCAGUCGUUCGCGGCCGCCGCCGGACACGACGCGAACGCGCACGCGGCCGCGGAUGCGGAGCCCGUCUUGCGCGACGGCAUCGCCGGGCUCCCGCCCGAGGUGUUCCAGACCAUCAUCUCCUUUGUGGGCUUCCGAGCGCUCUUCAACUGCGCCGUGACCUGCCGCGCGUUCCGCGACGCCCACGCGAACCUGCCGCAGCUGCUCUUACAAGGGCUCGCGCUGGAUUACUAUCCUCUGUUGCGCACGGUCGCACCAAGUGCACCGAUUGCUGCGCAACCGCCACGCGACCUCAUCAGAGUGUUUCGGUGCGCCCACCAACAAAACCUGGAUUACUUAAGUGACUGGCCGCCGCAGCCACAAUGUACUCUCGCUGAGUAUCAGCUGAUGCUCUCGCUCACUCACAAUGGGGGUGAGCUCCACGCCGGAACCGGUGUGCUGGAUGCCGAUGGCGACAACACAGGGAGGUAUAUAUUUUCGGUACCAGGUGGAGCGGUCACGGAUCGGAGCCAACUUAACGAUGUGCGGGCAAAAGUCAUGGCUUCCCGUCAAGUCGGGAAUAGGUUGCACUUCGCCUUGUUAUAUGAGGGUGGGGUCAUGACGGACAACUACGACGAUGAUGACAGACCCGUAAUCGAAUUUGACUGGUUGCCAAUUGCACGAGACCCGAGAAAUAAGGCGCUGGCGUGGAAGAUGCAUUACUCUAGUGCUUUUGAGUACGCAGACCCAGAACUUCGCAUCAUCUGGAACGUCGACUGGACGGGCGAAACAGACCUUUCUGAGGAGACGGAGGUUGACGUACGCUUCGUGUUCUACGACUCGCAGAACGGGGAGGACUUCCCCCGUGACAUGAGCUUGGCAGACACGUGCAUGUGCAUCGAGUCCUUCGUCGCGUGGUCUGAUUAAUAUUAUAUUUACAA